AUGCUCAAACCUUCAGACUCACAGAAUAUUACAUCCUCAUGCGAACUAUUCACACCAUACGGGAUUACACCUGGACUAGUCAAACAAGUCAGAGAGAAAUUUCAAAGCGAAAUUUCAAUGAACGAACUGUCUAGAAAUAUACAGUCUGGAGUCAAGCACCAUUCAGCUACAGCCCGCCUUACGUGUGCUUAUCAAAACCUUCUACACAGAGACAAUGGAAUUCAGAGACACAAUACUUAUCCCAAUAGGAGAAUCCAAUCUACUGGUAGAGUUUCUGACUUGCCUCCUCCUACUAGUUUAACAGUUUAUAAAGUAAAUGAACGACCUCGAGCUGAAAGUUUUUUAGACACUCUUAAGCCAAGUAGGGAGAGUUUUGCGUCUCAGGUUAGCGUGGGAGAGGGUGGCAAAAGUACUGCACCAGUUCACCCUAAUGAAUACAGAACACAAACUGCAAUAAGUGGACAUCGAAUUGAGAAUACAAGCAGAUACAACGGUUUACCAUCUAACAUAUCAAGCGUUGAUCGAGAUGAAGGUCGUCCAAUAAACCACGAUUUGCUGAAUUCCAACGAAAAUAAAAAUAAACCAAAAGAAUCAAAAGCAUCCUCAUCUACAAAGAACAGCACACGAACGGAUUUUAAGCAACCAGCGAUAUUACCUAAGCCAUCAAAAAGUGAGUUAAGCAAGGAUUCUCUUGUUAAUUUUAUGAUACCUAGAGGGUACCAAGGCAGCAAGCGAUCAAGUCAAUACGUAUAUAAUGCUGAUGAACAUUCCUUUUCUCAAAAAUCAGAAAAUCCUCCUAGUGAAAAGACAAAAAACAGAAGCUUACAAGGUGGGUAUACUCUGUUCAAUAACCAGGCAUGUUCUGAAAAUCCAGGUCACAAAAAUACGACUAUUAGGAUAAACACAAGAAACCAUACAAUUGCCGACCCAUUCGCAAGACUCAGCGACAAUUAUCCUAACCAUACAACAAUAAAAUCGAAGAAUGCAUCAAAUAUCAAUUCAGCUUACGAUUCGUGGAGAAAGGAUGGUGAAGGUGAUAAGAAUAAAGUUUCUUCAACGUUUAAAAUGUCUAAUAGACCUUCAGAAAGUAUAGCUCGUAAAAAAAGCACCACAGGUGAUACAACGCAAGCUGUCACGGAACCUGUUCGCAGCAAUUCAGUUUGUCCCUGUUCUUCACACUUUGAUGGAGACUCUUGUCAUACAACCCCGUCGGAAAUCGUAAACGAUUCAAAAACCACCAAACCUAUAUCUACGUCCGUAACGUCAUCAUCUCUAUCCUUUACUUCGCAAUCUUUUCACAAUAUUCAGUCUGAAAGAAACUUUUCACAAGUAAGAAGAAAUCAUCUUCAAAGUGAAAAUAGUAGCUACUCUGGGACAGAAGACAGUUCGUUGUCUCUCGUAAAACCUGAGAAAUCACAUCAAGAUUUGAAUGAUAAGGACGACACAGAGAUAUUUACUGCAGUUAGAGCAGUGCCACAUAGGAGCACAGUGUGUACUGAAAAAAGUAAUCCACUCAUGAAUAAAAGUAAAUUUAACUUGCCCGCUGCAACAAAUUUGUACAUCAAAGGUUUGGAAUUGCCUGGGAACAUCUCUUCCAAGAAAGUGAAUACCUUUCCCACAGACAGUAGGGAACCAAUUAAAUCCACGACUGCUGAUAUGGACUUUCCUAAUGUAUCAACAAACGAGCUUGGUGUGACAUCCAAGAACAUAGUAGUUGGUCAAACUCAUACAGAGAACUCAGAGAAAACCAUUCUGGGCGAAAAUAAUUCACAUCAUAAGGCAAAUGAAAAAAUGAGUAAUUUACCUUACCAUAAGCGACAGAUAAACUAUACUAUUUUGGACAGUGUUAUGGGUGAAAUGGAGCAAUUAUUCUCUGGAAAGCAAACAAAUACACAGAGAAAAUUGUCGAGAAUACAUAGCUUUGCCAGAGAAAAGGCUAUGCAAUGCAGAGAAGAAAAGGAAAAUAACGCAAAUAAUUGUGCAAAUGAUAGUAACCUUGAGAAGACCUCAGAAGCAUGUGGUUUAGAUAAUAAGUCUAUAGCUAACGGUUUAGACAACUACAGUAACGUUGAAACUAUUUCUUCCGUUUCUCAGCCCAAGAAUGAAAGACAGUCCAAGAGCUUUCAAGCAGCAUUUCGAGCAGUUGAAAAGAAUCUUAAGCUAUUUUCUGGAACUGAAGAUUCUCAGAGCUUAAAGCCAAGCAAAAUAUCAAAUGGUAUAUCUGAAAAUAUCAUUAAAAAUGGAAAUAACAGUCAACCUGUUUGUCCGGCAACAGAAGAACGUCCAGCAGAUCCAUGCAACCCUAUUCACGGUAAAUCAGUGACAAAUAAUGAUGAUAAAUUAAAAAAACACCAAAAUGCUUUUAAUCAAUUCAAUUCAAUUAAAAUAACUACUUCAACAAAAGAGUCAGUUGUACAAAAUGAUCACGUCAGUGAAGAUCAAAAUAACGAUAUCAAUCAAUUUGUUGAUUGUGAAAAUCGUAGUGAUUCUAGUGUUACUGAUUCUCAACAAUUAAUAUCACAUCCAAGAACGUUAUUCCCUCGUCCCCAGUGGUCGCCAAAUCUUAGCUAUUACAUGUGGCCUUCUAUUCAGAACAAUAAAACAUCUUGUACUCGAUCCUACGAUAUUAUGAACAGAAGCAUUAGUAAUACAGAUGGAAUAAAUACAUAUCGAUUGAUGCCUGCCGGACAAAUUUCUCAAACCACAAGACAUUUCCCUCGUUUAUCAGCAGCUGAAAUUCCAUGUGAGCGACCUAAAUCAGCCCCGGUGAAAAAUUGUAGAAAAAAAAUAAAUCUUGAUUGUAAAACUUAUUCUGUUCAUUAUCCUGGUUUAUUGGCUAAUGGAAAUAUGAAUAUAUGUUAA